AUGAAUGAUUCAGCCAUUGACAUUAUCAUUGCUGAUUUUGGUUUGGCAAAAAACUCAAAACAAUCAACCAGUUUUUCAUUAGCUGGAACUCCAUUGUAUAUUUCACCAGAAUUGUUGUGUGGAAUUUCAUGUGAUCAUAAAACUGAUAUAUUCAGUUUGGGAGUUACUCUAUACCAGAUUCUAUCUCAUGAUACAACAACUUCCAUCAAUCAAAUGUACAUGUUAAAGGAUUCUGAAACUGUCAAACAAAUAUUAAAGGAGAAGAUUAGUUUACAGAUCUAUUCAUUAGAGUUGGUGGAGUUGGUGUUUAGCAUGUUGGAGAAGGAUCCAGAAAGACGACCAGAUGCUGGUUCUAUUUUAAAACAUCACUACUUUUCACAAAGAGGGUUGAAUAACAAUUAA